GCUGCGACGCCGCCGGCGAAAAAAGAAAACACGGCGACGGAAACAACAAAGAUGGGAAGAGGGAGACGACACAGAGGUACUUCGAAGAGGAACCAGAUCGAGAAGAGUAAAGAGAAUGUCCAAAGACCCCUCAAAUCCGAUGCUUCCUUUGAUUCCAACUUCCAAAAGCCAAUCUCGUCAAAUCUUGAUUUCGAGGAGUACUACAAGGAGCAAAGGAUAGUGAAAGCAAAAGAGUGGGAUUCGUUUAUGGAGAUUCUUCGUAAGCCAUUGCCUGCUGCUUUUAGAGUUAAUUCCAAUGGCCAAUUUUGCGAUGAUCUUCGACUGAAGUUGGAGAAUGAUUUCAUGGAAUCUCUUCAGGCUGAGGCUGUAGAGAGUGGUGAAUCAGAGGCUAUCAAGCCUUUGCCUUGGUAUCCUAAGAAUCUUGCUUGGCAUUCUAAUUUUUCGCGCAAGGAGAUUAGGAAAAACCAGACACUUGAGAGGUUUCAUGAGUUCCUAAAGUUAGAAACUGAAGUUGGGAACAUGACCAGGCAAGAAUCAGUUAGCAUGGUUCCACCUCUCUUCCUUGAUGUACAUCCAGAUCAUUUUGUACUCGACAUGUGUGCUGCACCUGGUUCCAAGACAUUUCAGCUGCUUGAAAUAAUACAUGAAUCAUCAGAACCAGGAUCUCUACCUAAUGGAAUGGUGGUGGCCAAUGAUGUUGAUUAUAAAAGAUGUAACCUUCUUAUUCACCAGACGAAAAGAACGUGUACAACCAACUUGAUGGUCACUAACAAUGAAGGUCAACAUUUCCCUAACUGCAAAACCAAAGAAGCAUCUGACACUAAUCAUCAAUCCAUUGACCAGCUUCUCUUUGAUCGUGUCCUAUGCGAUGUCCCAUGUAGUGGUGAUGGUACUCUGCGCAAGGCACCAGACAUAUGGAGAAGAUGGAAUUCUGGAUCUGGCAAUGGACUUCAUAGUCUACAGGUUGUGCUGGCCAUGAGAGGUUUAUCUGUGUUAAAAGUUGGUGGGAGAAUGAUAUACUCAACCUGCUCAAUGAACCCGAUUGAAGAUGAAGCCGUUGUUGCUGAAAUUCUGAGGAGGUGUGGAUGCUCUGUUGAGCUUGUAGAUGUCUCACAUAAGCUUCCUGAACUUAUUAGAAGACCAGGUCUUAAGAAAUGGAAGGUGCAUGAUAGAGGUGGCUGGUAUAGAUCUUACAAAGAUGUUCCAAAGUCACAGAGAGACGGAGUUCUUAAGAGCAUGUUUCCUUCUGGUAAAAGUGAUAAAGAGUCAACAGGUGGCGGAGACAGAUACGGAGACAUGACUUCUAUCUCUUCUGAUGAAUCAGCCGAGGAAGUCUGUGAUCUUCCCCUUGAACGUUGUAUGAGGAUACUGCCUCAUGAUCAAAACACUGGGGGAUUUUUCAUUGCAGUCCUUCACAAAGUUUCACCUUUACCAGAGUUUCAGGAGAAAAUAAAUCAGAGAAGGAAUUUUUCUACUAGAAAGAACAUCAACUCGUGUGAAGCAGUAUCUGGCACUGUGGUUACUAAACCUGAAGAGGGUGCAGAGGAGGAUACAAUUUUAGAAGAAGUAGUUUCAGAGAAUGGCUUUGAGCACCCUGAGAACGAUAACAUCAGCGAAGUAGGAAUCGUAGAAUUGGCUCAAAAACUUGAUGAUAUGGGAGUAAGGAGAGAAGUACCAGCAAUGCAAGGAAAGUGGAAAGGCCUUUACCCUGUUGUUUUCUUGAGAGAUGAAACAGUGAUCAACGGGAUCAAGACAUUUUAUGGCAUCAAAGAUGAAUCGUUUCCGCUGUAUGGUCAUCUCGUGACCAGAAACAGUGACAUAAGCAGCCAUGGAAACGUCAAAAGGAUUUACUAUGUUUCAAAAGCAGUUAAGGAUGUUCUUGAACUAAAUUUUUCAGUUGGGAAGCCGCUCAAGAUCUCCUCUGUUGGCCUCAAGAUGUUUGAGAAACAAUCAGCAAAAGAAUGUGAAGCCAACUGUUGCUCAUUCCGAAUAACGUCAGAGGGAUUGCCUGUGAUCCUUCCGUACAUGACCAAGCAAAUACUUUAUGCAACAAUGGCGGAUUUCAAGAAUCUCUUGCAACAGAAAUCAAUCAAGUUCCUAGAUUUCAUCCAUCCACAGAUCGGAGAGAAAGCAGCAGAACUCGCCUUGGGAUCUUGCGUUAUGGUUCUUGUUGAUGAUACUCAGCUAGGGUCAGAACCAGUCAAAGUGAAUUCAUCAACAAUAGCCAUUGGAUGCUGGAAGGGUAAAGCUAGCUUAACCGUCAUGGUCACAACACUCGACUGUCACCAACUUAUCCAGAGACUUUCUGAUAGAAGUAAAGAAGUAGAAAAUGCUGAGAAUUGUUUCAAGACUGCUGAGACAGAUUGAAGCUGACAUAACUCUCAAAGAGUGUUGUUUCACAUUUCAAUCAAAAGCUAUUGUUCCAAUACU